AUGCUUGACACUAUUCCUACGGAAAGUUCCUUACCUCAAUCAAAGACUGUCACAAUUGAAAUAAUACGUAAUCCUCACAUUCGUGAACGUACACGUACAGAUAUAUCAUCAACAUUUCAUGCAUUUAAAUAUUAUAUUGUACCACGAGAGGUUCAAUUCUAUGUCAAUCCUAUAGAAGAUGCUCAAAUCAAAAUUUCUUUUCUCCUAAAAUGUGAAGGCAGAAAACAUGUGCCCGAUUUUACUAUACCAGAUGGUGCUAAACCGCAUCUAUCGAUAUUAGAAGACUUCUCGUCGAAGACAACUACGUUACGAUUAAAAAAUAAAUUGACUACAGAACUAGUUGGCCGAUAUAAGUGUACAGAAAAAAUUAAUAAUAAUGUAGAAGAGACUGCAAUAUACGUCUUCAUUUAUGACAGCAAAACGAUAUUUACGAAAUCAUCAUAUCCAACUGUAAUGAAACAAACGGGUGUACAUUAUUUUAAUUUACCAUGUCAAACUGCAAACUGGUUUACAAAUAUGAAUUGUCUCUCUACGAACAAUGAAUGUAUACUUGUUCACUACACACCACAACUUCAGGCUCAUGAAAUUUAUUUUGAUCCUCAAAUUGGAUUUGCUCUUAUAAAUCCACAAUUUCCUGCUGAUAAUUCAAAAAUUUUGUGUAAAGCCGACUUCGGUAGAGGCGCUGUAGCAACUGUUCCAUACGUGGCUUCAGCAGCUGAAUUUGUACAAAUUCGUCAAUCAAGUCUAACAGUUUUGUCCGAUGAAAAAGUCGAUUUAACAUGUGAAAUACGAUACGGAGUGAAAAUUACGUCAAGACCACCCAUUGUUUUUUGGUUUAAUGAUACAAAUAAUUUAAUUGUACACUCAAAUGAUACACAGAAGCCUGUGUUCAAUACUGAAACUCAACUUUUUGAACAAACUACAUCAAUACGAUUAAGUGGUUUUGUACCGAAACAAUCGUAUGUAUUACAUUGUGUUCGUAUAUCAGAACAAGGAACAUACUCCCAGAGUGUUCAAAUUGAUUGUCAAGAAUCUGCUGAUGUCACUCUAGACAUUAUACCACAUGAUUCAGAAAAUGAAAAAGUUGUUUACGGUGGAAAUAUUGCAUAUGAUAUACAAGUUCUUACCGUACCACGUUCUACCUCAUUAUUGACUAUCGAUAUAAUGAGAAAUAAUACGGCUGUGAAAGAUGAACGGUUCAAUCUAACUCUCACGUAUGUAUAUAUUUUACUGUAG